AUGUUAAGAAAGUCGCAUGAAAGAAAGAGAAAACGCAAACCAUACAACCCGAGCCUCCGAGUCUCUUACAUCAGCCAUAAUUUGCCAACCACAACUUCACCAUCGUCGUCAUCAUUUUCACCUUCAUUAUCUUCGUCAUCAUCGCUUUCUCCCAUCACACCAUUCUUAAUAAGAUCGACUCUUUCUGCUACUUCAUACACACCUUCAACACCACCGCUAUUAUCGUCGCCGCCGCCACCGCCAUCGCCACCGCCAUCGCCACCUUCACCAUCGUCAUCAACAGAAACUUCCCAGUGCAACAAUGCAUUGCUCUUAACAAAUGCUUCUGCUUCUCAUUUACCUUCUCAUUCUGAUUCAUUUUUAACGAUUUAA